GUUAUAAUGUAGACGAAUCAUUUAGAAUGGAGGUAUGUGGCUUGCAUUUUUCUUACGUUAAAAGAUCGAUGGCAGGAUGAAAAUAAUCCGACAAGACUUUGAUAAGACAUCAUAGAAAGGGAGACCUGCUGUAAUGUGUGGAGAAGUAUCAUUAUAUUAAUUAUCAUCAGCGUGUUUAAACAAGUUCGAAAUGCUGUUAACUAGAGUUAUGCAAUAACUGCUGCGAUGUCAAUUAAAUGGUAAAGAAGUCGUGAAACACCAGAAAUAACGACAAAAUAAUGAACAGCCAUAAACAAUUUCAGGGUCGCCAAAGCCGAAAGCUUCCACAUGUGCCCCGUGGUAAAAAGAACCACGUGUUUUGGCCAACUUAUCGCGGAGCCGUGGAAUGGAUGCGCAAGCAUCAAGAAAUACUAGAUACAGCCACUGGCCUUUUAGAAAUAUAUCCCAAUAUAAUUCGUGAUUAUUCGUUGGAUUCGUUUUGGAACUUCAUAAAACCCUAUGUAAAUCGCUAUACCGAAGAUACUCGAUCUCAAACUGAUUUAGGCGUGCCAACAAAACCGAAACCGUCCUACCGUAAUUCAUCAGUUGUGUUGCCAAAAAUUAAACCGAACGUACCUUUGAUAUCGAUAACCAAGGAAUCGGAUACUGACGAAGAAAAUGAGAUGAUUAUUGCCAUAGCAAAUAGUUACAAUAAGACAAUGAGGAUUUAUAUUUGUGGUGAUUUCGACCAGGAGACAUUUUAUCCUUCCCCAUCGCUUGUGGAACACAUGUGUUCUUUUUCUUACGUAUGUCACAAUACUAUCAAUAAACAGUGCUAUGAAUCUCUCUGUGAAGCCGAUUCCUUUAUAUUUUUACUUAGUGAUAAAAGUUUAACAGAUUCUGAUUGUUGUCAAAAUUUGUUUAGAGCGUGGUCGCUUGAUAUUCCUACUGUAUUCGUGCGGAAGACAGGUUACAAGUUACCCAGUCCUUUGCCAGAAGGCUUUUUGGAUCAGGUGCUCAAAAGUGAUGAACUCAACGAAGUGCCCAGAAAGGCCCCGUUUUAUAGGCGAAGUACAACCCCGUAUCAUAAUGUUAGUUUGCCUCCAAAUAGUCUUACAUCAAUACCAAGGUCUGUUUCUGCAUCUACAAGCUAUGAUUUGAAAUCGUCGAAUGCAAACUUUGGGUUUCAAACUUCUUUUAAAUCCUCGGACUUAAUGUUAAAACUUCUCAAUGGUUACCGGAACUCGAUUAUUUAUGAUGAAAGAAGCCCGCUGUCAUCCAUUCUGGAAAUCAAAUCGUGUUUGAAUAGAAGAGUGGAUAUGCCAGCGAGCCCCAGACAACCGGUUAGUCCACCUCAACCAGAUCAAUUUCUUAGCAUUCCAUCUCAGAUGGGUUCAUCUCUUGGAAUUACCCCCCAUUAUAUCACCCCUCCAACAUUUAUACAUAUCCCGUCUCCAUCAACCCAAUCACUUCGAGUAGAUACUGAUGACUUUUCUAUCGCUUCUUCCUUGAAUGCUUCACGGUCAACUUCACCCACGCAUUCCGUCCGAAAUGAUAUUUAUAGAAAUGAUUCACAUUCCACAUCGUCGAUUCAUUUGAAUGUGCCGAAUAUUGAACAAGACUUAGAUAGCGGCGUCCAUAGUCCCGUUGAGAAGGAGACAUUCUAUAUUGUGUACCCGGAUCACCAAGCUACAUCAAGUGGGAGCAGUCCAAAAAUAGUAAAAUGGCCGCCAGAUGAACCGGAGAUGUUAGUAUCCCCACUAUCUCCAGAAUCAUCCGCAAUGGACUCACCACUAACUUUUAAUGAUAUUGACUUAAGUACUGAAGUUAACUACGAUCUAUUUUCACCAGACAGUUCGUUGAAUGCGGACUAGUUACAUAUUUUACUCAGUAUAGUUGCUUUUAAUUUUUCGUAUUUUUAUGGAUGAUACAAACAAUGGCGUAUAUUGUCGUUAAUUUGCCCAUCUGAUCGUCCACAGUCUCUUUAGAAUACUCUACAUAUUGUACCGCAAAAUUAUCUCAAGUACCAUAAUGGCGUUUUUAUACGCUCACAUCUUAAUCUGGUCGUCGUAAAAGAUCCCUUGGUAGUUGGAAUUCGAUAUAAGAGUAGGCCGUAGAGCCGCUGCCCGGGCAAAAUUUCCCUCAUCGCACACUGUAUGGUGUAUGCCCGUCUUCAUUAGCCCAGUUUAGGAGCAGAACAGUAGGACGUUAAACCCCAUUUCAUUUCAUUUAAUCUGGUCGAAAAUUGUCGUUACCCUAUCCACCCGAUUGUCCACAGUCUCUUUUGAAUAGUCUACAUGCGGUACCGCAAAAUUAUCUCACGCAGCACAAUUUCUUCGCCCCACCACCUUUCUUGACGACCAAGGUGUUGUUUCCCUAUUGUUUUCGUUUAUCUACUCGGCUCCCUUGUUAAAAGUCGAUCGGGCGAUUUGGUACGCGUUUCUAAUAGCCUUAAAUACAUUGAUAAAGGAAAGAGUAUAUUGUUCUCAUACCAAGGGUGUUGAGAGUUACCCCCAUUUGUUUAUACAUUGUAAUUGUAUCAAGAAAGGGGCCGAAGCGAAAUGUUUCGCAUAGGCCCAGGUAAGAAAACGUGUUGGAGGUAGCCUAUUUCGACUCUCAUAGAUACUUUUGCAGACAUGAGCUGAAUGAUCACGUGCUAUAAAUCCGAGAUUCAUAUGACUGGGUUGUUUCCAAUAGCCCUAACCUCAACACUAUAACUGCAUCCCGGAGACCUACACGGUCUUACUCCUGCUCUGCGCAAAUUUGGACAAAUUGUCAUUCGUAACGUACAUAACUGUAUAAUAAAAUAUAUUGUAGAAAAAUCUUGUAAACCUACUUUUCAUUUAUUGUUAUCCGAUUGGAUCUUUAUGAAAUUUGUUGGAUUUGAUCAGCUAUUAAUUUUUAUUAGUAUUAAAUGAAAUUGUUACCUUGUUUUAUAAAACACAUUAAAAUUGUGACAAAUUUUUUUCUUGUGUAGCCUGUACGAUCUGGGCGUAUGUUUCGUUGCCUUGAAACCUAUGUUUAAUUAUCAGAAUAUUUUGGAAAAAUAAUUAUAAAAUUCAUUUUAUAUGAAUUGCUUAAUUUUUUGCGGUUUAUUUAUAACUCGAUAUUU